GCUGCCGGCGUGGACACCUUGUUAUCUGUGGACAGGCUUCGCGGUGGUCGGCUUCAAUCAUCGUUUUACGGGGACACUUUUUUCAAUCGCUCACUUUCCUUAAAAAAACAAAAAACGUUUUUAUUGUUUCACGUGUGUCGAACUGCUGCUGCCGAAAUUACCGAAAAAAAAUAGCAGCAAGGGUCCAGGAAUGAACUUUUCCUUAUCCCGAUUAACAUUUUCGCUUUCUUUGAUUGGAGAAUCCCGGACGGUGUGGAGCUACACUUUUCCAUUUUUAGUGGGUUCACUGCGAGUGGAACAGUGGGCGAAAGUGUUAGCUGAAGACUUUGAACAUCAGAAAGUGUGGUGGUGAUUCUCACGAGGAGACCUGAAACCUCGAAUACUGACGGGAGAAAUAUUCAAGAGAGAAUCCUAACAACAGACAUCCUCUAUGAGUGAAGAACUCUUUUGACACGAGGAGACCUCAAGCAGAACCAGGCCUUGGGAGGGGCAGCCAAUUGCCUUGACCAAUUUGGGUGUGAAGAGAAGGAAAAAGGAGAAAAGAGGAAGAUAUAGAGGCAAAAAACAACAAAGAGAACUGAGCAUGUUGACAUCACUGACUUGUCAAACUCUUAAACUGAAGCCCAGGCAAUAAAGCAUCAGUGAAACUGCCACAUAAUGCAAAAAAAACAGGUGUUAGCAACCGAGCCGCAGCUGAUGGAUAAUCUGAAGUUUGCGCUCUUCUUAAUCAUCCUCACCACUGUUUCCAGUGACAAUGACCUGGACUGGAACUUUUGCGGAAAAUGGCGCCAUGGCAACAACCCCCUGAGCCUGAACCUCAACAUCUCUACUGGCUGUAAAGGGAUCUCCAUUUCAGCCAAUGAGAGCUUUCUGUCCAUCAACGGGCAGAUGACAGCCCAGUGUAGGAGAUCUGAAGUGAUUACCUUCAAGCACCUUGGAUAUGAAUCAGCGGGGGACAUCAAGUUCUGUCUGGACUGGGAGCCACUGCUGGACCUGUUAAUGCUGACAGUAGGAAACAAGAAGCUUAUUCUGUGCUCACCUGCAAGCCUGCAGGAUUCCUGCUGUACUGACCUGAGUGAUGGCCCAAACACAGAAGGAGCAGACUACGGCAUCCUCAAUGCAGGGAUUAAAAAUGAUACCAUCACCGACAAAAUACGGAUGGCUUACAACUUUCAAGCACAUUCCACCAACUACAAAGAAUUAUGUGAACAGGCAAAACGGGAAUCCGGCCCCAACAAGUGUGCUGAGCCUCCGUACGCUUACAAAUCUGACGUGGAGAUGAAGGAAGAUUUCAAAGCCCCAUUGUCACAUCACCUACCCAGGAAUCUCAAAGCAGAGCCACAAGCAGAGCUACAGAGUGUGACAGGUUUUGCUUUCAUUGUAAAAACUCACAGUUCUUAUAUGUGCUCUCUUUUCCAGGCCAUUGCUGGUAGACCUGUCAAGUUCAAUAUCACUGUCCACCUCCCUGCUGCUUUAAAACAAACUGCGAAAAAUGUUAGCAAAGUAGCCUUCACUUUCUUCAAGAACAUCUCCCUGUUACAGGAGGCUCACAAAACUGCCAAGCCUAUCAAUGAUGUGGUGGAAAUCACGGUGGAGAACGAGAUCAUCAAAGAUCUGUCUGAACCCAUUAGGAUUGAUUUUUACCACGAUGCUGUAUCUAAAAAAAAAUCAAGGACAUGUGUUUCUUGGGACACCAGAAAAGAUUCUCUGCAGGUGAACUGGUUGAAGGAUGGAUGUGAGACAGAACAGAGAGGAGAAAACCACACCGUGUGUCUGUGUAACCAUCUGACAUACUUCACUGUGCUGGUGGACCUGAAUCGUCGACCAGUGCCCCACCUGCUGGAGCUUACUGUCAUUACAUAUCUGGGAUGUGCCAUAUCUCUGAUCAGCUGUGUUGCUCUUAUAAUAUAUCUCUGCAGGAAAAGGAGGCGAUCAAAGGAGCAGUCCUUGCCCAUCCACGUGGGCUUAGCUGUGUCCCUCGCCUUCCUCAGCCUGAACUUUUUCUUUACUGGAGUCCUGGCUAACGUGGGAGGGGAAAGUGUGUGCACUUGGGUUGGAGCAGUACUUCACUACGCCCUCCUCUGCUCCUUCGCCUGGAUGGGCAUCGAAGUGUUGCACACUUUCUGGUUGGUCUACAUGGUCUUCACCCCCCGCCUGAAGCCCUACAUAUGGAACCUAGUUGGUUUUGCUCUUCCUGCUGUUCCCGUUGUCAUCCUGGCUGCAAUAGGUGAUAUUUAUGGGCUCGUAGAGGUGCCACCAAUGGAAGACCCUGAUAAUCCAUAUAAGAUGUGUUGGAUGAAUAUAACUGAGAAUAAAGGCUGGCUAGCUUUCUGUUUGACCAACAUGACGAUUCUGGCCCUCCUGGUGUCGUCUGGCCUUGUGAUGCUAUUCCUGGUCUACAGGCAGAUCCGCACCAGGGAUGAAUGGAAGCAGAACCGCGUGGCGUUUCUCAGCAUCUGGGGCCUCAGCUGCUUAUAUGGGACUACUUGGGGUCUGGCCUUCCUUGAGUUUGAGCCCAUUUCUACCUUUAUUCUCUUCAUCACCUGUAUCCUCAACUCAUUUCAAGGUUUCUUCCUGAUGCUGCGAUUCUGCAUGCUGGACUGGAUGCAGAAACAGGCUGGUGGCUCUGGUCUUGGCAGCAGCAGCACCGGAUCUACCAGGCAGCACAUGCUCCAGGCUCAGGAGAAGAGUUAAAUGAACAAAGAUGCAGAAGCCGUACUUUGAAUGUAAAAAUACUGCCAGUAUGCCACCAGUGAUGGAGGAGCUGGAGGUUGGCCAGGACGUUUCUCCUGGAUGAUUGUUCUGAUGAAAUGUGACUGUCAGGUGUGGUAACUGCAGGAGAAUAUGAGCUACAGCUAAAACAAAAGUAAAGCGGGUUCUCCAUGUAUCCUAUGUUUCUUAACUCUGUAACUUGGAAGUAACGAGCACAGGUCAGCUGUACAGGCAAACACAAAUAUGACCUGCUGUGAAACUGUAAAAGUGAAGAUGGGUCAGUAUCUCUUCCCAGACAUAAUCCAGCUACAGUAACUUCCCAAAUUUUGAGUGUACAGUUUUUACAAAAACAUAGUUUGUACAAACUAUGUUUUUUGAUCACUCUAAAUUAUUUAUUCUUGAGCUUGUGUUCAAUUUAGUAAUAAUCACAAGAGGAGAAAAAAACAUUUUACAAAUUAUAUUUGCUGUUUAUUUAUAUCUCUAGAUGUCACACAUUCUGAGUUAUAAUUAAUUUUGGUGGCUAGCUAAAUAUAAUAUAUUAAUACUUCAGUCAAGUUGCAUUACAAAAAGGCAUUUAAUCACUUGAUUCUUCUAAUUUAGGCCAGUGGCAAAGAAAUGACAGUAUCACUCAGGAACUCCGUAUUCAGGCCUAAAGCCUGCGUUUGCAGAAAAGCUAGACUGGCUCUAGUUAUACAGGAGGGGAUGUCAAAGUUCAAACUAACGUAUGUGAAAUUAGAAACUGUAAGUUGGAAAUAAUUAUGAAUUAUUCCCAACACGGAAAUUGCGGAACACGGAAAUGGAUGCAGGUUACUGUGCUGUGAUUUCUGUUUUAUUGUAUAAAAAAAGAAAGCUAUAUAAUACUACUGAUGAUGUUUUGAACUUUAGAUAAGCUUUUUAUUUUAUAUUUUGUAUCAUGCACGCUUUUGUAUAGCUGCUUCCUAAGUUGUUUAAAGUAGCACUUUAGUCAUUUAAACAUGUACUUGUUGAGCCUCAGUGAGUUUUCUUUUGUACUGUUUUGAUAUGCAGAUUAUAAAUUCCAUAUUUGUCCACACUGUAAAUUAAUAACUGAAUAUUUUAUAAAUGAAUCCAGAGUGACUGUUUUUUUCCCCAAACCUGAUUAUCAGACCUUUGUCUUUAAAAUGGGCCAAAAUGCGUUUAUUUGGUUGGAUGUGUUCCAGUAUUAAAUAGAAAUGUACAAUUGUUAUGUAUUUCAUUGGUGUUAUGUUUCAGUCAUGUCCAGCAGAACUCACAUGUGUAAGCUUUUAGAUACUGUGAUGUUUGCACUUUUUUCAAAAUUUUAAAAUUAAAAUAUCUGUGUAUAUUUAGGUUUUCUGGACAUAUAUUGACUUUUAAUAAAAAAAAAUCUUUUGGUUAAAAAAUGUCAAA